GUAUGAGCUGCUUGGAAGUAACAGGCGGAGGAAUCUCGUCAGGGAACGUGUCUCCUCCGAACAGCGUGUGCGGUGACCUGCAAACACGAACCCCCGAUUCUCCGGGAAAAGCAGAAGCGAAUUGCACGGUCUGUGUAAACCACCUCAGCUACACUGUCAGUGAGAGAGUUGGCCCUUGGUGGGAUCUACAGUUGUACCUUAAAAAGUGGACAAGGCAUAUCCUGAAGGAUGUUUCAUUUUAUGUGGAAAGUGGACAACUUAUGGGAAUUUUAGGAAAUUCUGGGUCUGGGAAGACUACUCUAUUGGAUGCAAUUGCAGGAAGAUUAUGUGGGCCACCAAACCUAAUUGGUGAUGUGUAUGUGAAUGGGUGCAAACUUAAAAAGGAAGAUUUUCACAACUGCUUUUCCUAUGUCUUACAGAGUGACAAUUUACUCAGUUACCUUACAGUAGAGGAAACACUGAUGUACACAGCUUUGCUCACACUUUGUGGAAAUACUAAUGCCAUCAAAAAGAAGGUGAAAUCUGUCAUGUUAGAGCUUAGCCUAGGCCACAUAGCCAAUCAUGUGAUUGGUGGCCGUGUGUUUCGAGGAAUUUCAGGUGGCGAAAGACGUCGGGUCUCUAUUGCAGCGCAGCUUCUCCAAGAUCCCAAAGUCAUCUUACUUGAUGAACCAACCACAGGUCUCGAUAGUAUGACGUCCAACCAGAUUAUUGGUUUACUUUCAGAACUAGCUCACAAAAAUCGAAUAGUCAUCCUAUCAAUUCAUCAACCGAGGUCAGAGCUUUUCAAGUUGUUUGACAGGAUUGCCAUAAUGAGCUGUGGAGAGUUGGUGUUUUGUGGUGGAACUGAAGAUAUGGUAGAAUUUUUUAGCAGUUGUGGCUACCAGUGUCCUGAAUACUGCAACCCAUUUGAUUUGUACGUGGACCUGACAUCUGUUGACACCAGAAGUAGAGAGCGGGAAAUUGAAACCUACAGCAGAGUUCAAGAAAUUUUAUCAUCAUAUCGAAAUUCAAGAAUAUUUAACAAUGUUCUGGUGAAUAUUAAUGCUGCAGAGAAAACAAAACAGUCAACAUCCAUUCCUUUCAAGAACACAGCUUCUCCAAGCACACUCUUUAAACUUUGGAUACUAAUCAGGCGAAUUGUAAGGAAUUUAUCAAGAAACAAGACUGGGAUAUUAAUGCGACUGUCCCAAAAUCUGCUGUAUGGCUUGUUUGUUGUGUUUUUCCUGAUGAAGCUGAAUAGUGAUCCAUCAAAAGGUGCAGUGCAAGACCGAGUUGGAAUCAUCUACCAAAGCGUAGGUGCCUCACCCUAUACUGGAAUGCUGAAUGCUGUUGCUUUAUACCCUUCAUUACGUUCAAUCGGUGACCAGGAAAGUUCAGAUGGUAUUUAUCAGAAAUGGUUGAUGUUGAUGGCCUACAUCAUUCACAUCCUUCCCUUCAGCAUCAUCAGUGUGGCUAUUUACAGCAUUUUUGUUUACUGGACCUUGGGAAUGUAUCCAUUGUGGGAGCGGUUUGGAUGUUUCUUUGCUGCACUCAUAGUGCCACAUCUAGUUGGUGAACUUCUGACGCUGAUUCUACUUGGUGUUGUUCAGAAUCCAAAUAUAGUUAAUAGUGCAGUAGCUUUAAUUAAUGUAGCAGGAAUUCUGGUGGGAUCAGGUUUCCUAAGGAGUGCAGAAGAAAUGCCCAAACUAUUUCGCUGGCUGAGUUACCUCACAUUUCAGAAAUAUGGAGUGGAAGUCCUGAUGGUUAAUGAAUUUUAUGGUUUAAAUUUUACAUGUGGGAAUGGUGCACAGUCAUCUCCUAACACCACAAGUGCUUCUUGCUGGUUUACCCAAGGGAUUCAGUAUCUUGAUGUUAUAUACCCAGGGGCACCUCACAGAUUUGUGUUUGAUUUUCUAAUGCUGUACGCUUUCUUGCCUGCUCUAGUUAUCCUUGGCAUUAUUAGUUUUAAGAUUCGAGAUUCAGUAACGCAAUGGUAAUGAGAACAAUGAUAUGGGACUUGAAAUGUAUACACUCCUCAAAGGAUGUGAGGAAAUAGGUUCAAAUUUAAAGUUUUCUUUCCAUGUGAUCAAUUCCUCCUUCUUUACUCCUUACCUGCUGGAUAUGGUUCCCUCCCACACUUUAUCUGUAUUACAAGUUUACAUUUUAACGCAGCUGGCACCAUAGCCUAGGCAAAGUUAAUCCACUUCUCAAUCAUGCAUUGGCUGGCAGGAUAAAGAAAAAGCAAGAAUCCUGACUGAUACCUUUCCUUCUCCUGAGAGUAAUUAUUGCUAUCUUUUUGCCACUUCAGGUAAGAUCUGGUAACUCAGAUAUUGGAUAUUCUUGUCCCAUGUGGAUUAGCUGUUUAAUGGGCAAACUUUCCUAACUAUGAGAAGGAGAAAGAAGAGCACAUAGGUUUAACAAUUUAUUUGAACUUGAUCCACAGACAUGAAACUGGGACCAUAAGUCAUUUUAAAUAAAAAGCAAUCAGUGAACUUUGAUAAGAGUUUACAAAAAUAAACUUUGAACGUUUAUUUAGGCAGCCAAAGAUGAUAGUGCACUGGCCACGGAGAGAUUGUAUGCUACAAGUAGACUGGGUAGAGAGACAUUUACAGCAUAAAAUAUUAAGUUAAAGUGGAUAGUGGUUGUGCUAGAUAUUUCCAUUCCUACCCAUAUAUUUCAAAACAUGCCUGAUUUAUCAGCUAAGAUUAAAAUGUUUUAGGCAAUUUGUAUCAAGAAACCCAUUUUCAAACAUGAAAAACAAAGACCUGCUGAAUGUUUCCACCAUUUCUAAAUGUUUUGUGGCUCAUGACAGUGGAUGGCACUUUGAUAUCACAGAAAUAAAGGUACUAUUUGCACAUACUUUUUAACAAAGAUUUGUCAUAUUGCUUUCAAUCUAAAUCUUUAUGUUGUAUGCUGAUUUUUAAUUAUUGGUACCAUAUUCACUGAAUAAGUUGUUUUGAAAAUAAGUUUCUGAACAAAGCAAAGCUAAACCUGAUUUUCAUUUUGUUCCAAUUAUGUAGUAAUGAGUUAUUAAGAAAUUAUAAAUUUGUAAAAAUAGGAAAUAAAUCUCCAUUAUCAUAAAAAAUAUUUUGGCACAUUU